CCUCUAAUCAUACAUUGCAAAGCAUUUUUCGGAUUCAGUGGAGAGUCUGGACCAAUGAUCUACUGGAUGAAAGGGGAGAAGUUUAUUGAAGAACUGGCAAAUCACAUUAGAGAAGGUGAAAUAAGGCUUCUAAAAGAGCAUCUUGGAGAAAAAGAAGUUGAGUUAGCUCUUAUCUUUGACUCAGUGGUGGAAGCUGAUCUGGCAAACUAUACUUGCCAUGUGGAAAACCGAAAUGGACGAAAACAUGCCAGCGUUCUACUGCGUAAAAAAGAUUUAAUCUACAAGAUUGAACUUGCAGGAGGCCUGGGAGCAAUUUUUCUCCUCCUUAUACUUCUAGUAGUUAUUUACAAGUGCUACAACAUUGAAUUGAUGCUCUUCUAUCGACAGCAUUUUGGAGGUGAUGAAACUACCAAUGACAACAAGGAAUAUGAUGCCUAUCUCUCUUACACAAAAGUGGACCAAGAUACUUUAGAUUGUGACAAUCCUGAAGAAGAGCAUUUUGCUCUUGAAAUACUGCCAGAUGUCCUGGAAAAACACUAUGGAUAUAAACUCUUCAUUCCAGAAAGGGACCUGAUUCCAAGUGGAACAUACACGGAAGAUAUCACAAGAUGUGUUGAGCAAAGCAGAAGACUUAUCAUCGUGCUAACUCCAAACUAUAUUCUCAGACGGGGAUGGAGCAUUUUUGCAUUGGAAAGCAGACUUCAUAACAUGAUAGUCAAUGGAGAAAUUAAAGUGAUUUUGAUUGAGUGUACAGAAUUAACAGGGAAAGUAAAUUGCCAGGAAGUAGAAUCACUAAAGCACAGUAUCAAGCUUCUGUCUCUGAUCAAGUGGAAGGGACCCAAAAGCAGCAAAUUAAAUUCAAAGUUUUGGAAGCAUUUAGUGUAUGAAAUGCCAAUCAAGAAAAAGGAUAUGCUAUCUCAGUGCGACGUUCUGGACUCUGAAGAACAAGGACUUUUUGGUGAAUUGCAUCCUAUACCCUCUAUUGCCAUGACUAGUACCUCGGCCACUCUGGUGUCAUCUCUAGCUGAUCUCCCCAAUUUACACCAUUCAGAUUCAAUGCAAAUGAGGCACUGUUGCAGAAGCUAUAAGCAUGAGAUGCCAGCAUCUUCCUUGCCAGUACCUUCUUUAGGCAACCAUCACACUUAUUGUAACCUUCCUCUCACACUACUCAGUGGGCAACUACCCAUUACUAACACCUUGAAAAAUACUCAAGAAUUGUAUAGGAACAGUUCUUUGCUACCUUUAUCAUCCAAAGAGUUUAGUUACACCAGUGAUAUUUGGUAGUGAAAAAUCAGAAUUAUUCUGAACAGCUACAAGAACAUAUGUAGUGUCUGUCAAACCACGCAUGAAGUAGACCUACUAUCAGUGAGGUGCUGAGAAAAGCAUUUGAAGAAAAAGGCACAGAAAUUGCUUUUGUACUCAAAAUAUUUUUGUUUACUUUUCCAGAAUAGUGGGG